AUACUUUGAUUGUGCAGUAGGCAAGGUGCAGGAUUAUAUCCAUAUCUCUUAAGCUAGUGUGUUGCUGACUGUGAUAGAAUAUAGAUAACAAAUUAAAAAAAAUGAAUUUCGGAGUAUAAACUGGAACAUACUAAACCAUUAGGUGUAGUUGGUAUUGUAUUGUAUUUUUUUAAAUGUGAACUAGAAACACGUUAUAAGGACGCAAAAAACGAGCGAAGAAAAUCAAAUUAAUUUGGAAUGUGUUUUAAAUUGCGAAAUGAAAAACUUACUAAUAUUCUGAUGUUAUUUUGAUUUGAAAAGAUUGAGGAAGUUCAAUGGUUUCUUAACAUCAUGGUUGGAUAUAAAACCCAAUGUAUGGAAUAGAUGAUAGGGUAAAAAUGAAGACAACACUUGUUUAUCUAGUGUUAUUGUUACUUGUACCACAGCUAGGAGGACGCAAAGCAUCGAAACUGCGCAAUAGAAGAUCUGUAAGUUUUCACCCCACUUACUCUAAGGCACAGACUGACCCGAACUAUAAACUGGACACAGAAUGGACGAAACGUGUUGCCCUAAACGCUACCAAAGAUGAAAAUAUCCGUUCUUUUGAAGAUGCCAUGAAUAAAUUUAGACAGUUGGUUUGGAAAAUACAUGGAGGUCGUCAACGAGUAUUAUAUCGACAACCAGAAGGUAUAAUCCCAAAUCAAAAAAGACGGAAUAAAAAGAGAAGAAGACGCCAAAGACACAAGGAAGCGGAGCCAAAGAAUAUUACAAGCGUAAAUCGGCCAAUAUCCAAUAUGCACAACAAGAGCGAAUUACCAAGUAGAAAGCAAGAAGAAAACUCAUCUGACCACGAGUCGACUAAGUAUGGUGUACCAUUGUUUAUUUCACACCCCACCAUUAUUAGCCGCGUGACAUCAAAGGGAAACUUUGUUGCAACGUUAUUAGUUAAAGGGUCGGACAAAGCUCCACUCCUACUAACCACAGCACGCAACUUUAGAAAGAUCCGGAGACAACAGAGACGCAGAUAUGCCAGAUUGAAAAGAAGACACCGUAAACGAAGUAUGCGGAAGCUAACCCGUGCUAAAUCUCGGAGCUCACCCACUAUAUCGAACAUCACCUUGGAUGUCAAACAUCACCGACAUCGCCAUCGUCAUAAUAGCAGACGGCGACGAAGGGGGGCCAUCAUGGGCGGCGUGUUGAAUAUUUAUGACUUUCCUGUGAAAGCUUUUAUUUCACAACCAACUGUUGUCGUCCGUGUGUUUAAGCCAGGACGUAGUGUGCCGUAUUCUGAACGCGUUUUAAUUCGGGGUAAAAAUGGUGUACCGUACAGACCAUCUCGCCAUAUUCCCGAGAUGCAUAGAAGAAAGUGGAUUAUUCCUGCUCAAAUUUCUAACACGCGUAGUAAUGGAGCCCCGAAUGCCCAGAAUAUGUAUUAUUCGUCCAGAUGGCGCAGACCAAGACCGUACAGGUAUGCAUAGAAGUGCAUCAUAAUAUACUGAGUCUCGAAUGCCUAGAAUAUUCGCCGAGAUAGCGUAGGCAGUGCAUAUGCGGAUACUGUUAAAUUACCAAUAACAAAACCUAAAAGACAAAUUGAAUCGCUAUCUCGGACCAGGAGGUGUUUGGAAUAUGACAGUGAUUAAUUUAACGGCCAGUUCAUAUAACAGAACAACUUAAUACAUGUAGUUUCAUCUAUAUGGCGUUAUUUAUGUUUUCCUUUGCUACAGCCAUUUAGUCUGUGUUCAAAGACAGGUCAAGUGUUAUAUGAAAUGAUCAAAUCUCAAUCAUAAGCUAAACCAAUAUUCAAAUUUGAUUUAUAUCUUAUUUCUUUUGUCUUAUAUUUCUAAUUUAUGCAUUUUGAUUGUCCAUAUAGGGUCGGUGGUACUGUAUUAUUGCUUUUAAAAACAGUUUAAGCCCUACAAGAUUGAUGUGCUCCGCCCUUCCCAUGAACUAUAAUGAUGUUUUAUACUAAAACCGCCCCAUAGUUUGGUUUAUUGGCCAAAUUAUAUUCUUGAAAGGGUAGAACAUGUAUUUAUUUUUUUUAUUUCUAACGACAAUUAAUCUAAACAACACAACAAAAAUAGGUAUGAAAUAUACAAUAAAAAUGUACAAAUUCAAAGUUCAUUAUACAUACAGGUCACAAUUCUAUGGAAUACAAUUACUGCUUUUUACUGAGCAUAGCUUGAUAAUGACUAGAGAAGCCUAGUCGAAACGUCGCUCAGUAAAAAGCAGUAAUUGUAUUCCAUAGAAUUGUGACCUGUAUACUCUAGUUCAAUUACUAAAUGCCAUUGAAACAGUUCAUUAUACAUGUUUAUCUAGCAAGAAAAUAAAGUAAGUGCAGUUAAUUUAAAAUAUUAUUAUUUAGAACAGCUUUAUAUAAUUGACAACACUUGACAUAUAUUGACAUCUUUACAUAAAAUAUAUUGGCCACUCUGCACAUGAAAUAUAUUGCAUCUCUACACAUGAAAUAUAAUAUUGGCAUCCCUAUACAUGAAAUACAAACAAAUAUUGGCAUUCAUACAUGAAAUCUAUAAACAUACUGAAGGCGGAGGUACUAACCAAAGUCUCAGAGGAGGGUGUAGGAUUUUUUUUUUAACGCGAGAGUGUUGGUAUGUGUGUGUGUGUGUGUGUGGGGGGGGGGGGGUACUAAAAUCGUGCCGUGUCUGAGUGUGCAAACUAUUUGGAUUGGAUGGCCCUUACUUGUAAGGUCUCCGAGACCAAGUUGACUUUACAAAUAUGGCGUUAAAACAGUGAGAUAAUUCCGUUCCAUUUAUGUGAGAAAUUGAAUACUGCAUGGAAGGUCGGUAGGGAUGCAAACUAUUGUGUGGCCUUUUUUUGCGAAUUCUCCAAGAACAAGUCAGCUUAAAAAUUCAGUUUGUGGCAUAUGUGGCUUAAUAUGGGUGUAUUCUAUGGUUAAAUGUCAAAAAGAUUUUGUGAACGUGUAGUGCGUAUAAAUAAAUAAAAAAGAAUAGGGAUAUAUCAAGUUUAUAAAGAAUUGACAAACAAACUGAUGAGGACAAUAUAAUGAUAAUGUUGUAAUAAAUAUUUUAUUGCAAA